AUGGCUCAAUCAGAGUAUACUCCCGGACGACCGUUCGCGGCUCGAGUAACAGUCAAGGCUGAGGUGGAAUGGGGGUUUGAAGCGAUCGUUGCGGGCAAAUUAGACCAUCCGAUUAAAUUUGAUCCGGGUAGACUGGGCGAGUCUGGCGGUAACAUGGAGCUGAAUGUGGAUAUGACUAGGCCCUGUAACAUUGAAGGUUACGAAGGACGUAUGGUAGUCAAGGGAAGUGGUCUUGACUCGGGGAAGUAG